CUUUUACUUAGGUCAUAUCUCUCUCACACAAUGAAGUCUUUUAUAUUUUCUGCUAUCGUCUGCGUUGUUGUGGCAGACAGUCGCUACGGAUCCAACGGAAAUGGUAACGGCUUCGGGGCACCUCCUCCCAGCAACGGGUAUGCGCCCCCAAGUAACACAUAUGGCACGCCCUACGGAGUAGACCCUGAGAUUGCCGCUUUGGCCGAGAACAUUCCCGGGGGUGGCGUCCCAGGCGAGGACUACCCCAUCUUGGCUUCCGUGCCCGACAGCGGGUUCUCGUGCGAUGCCGUAGCGGUGCAAGGUUAUUACGCCGACACUGUAGCUGAAGCCGGCUGCCAGGUAUUCCAUAUCUGCCAGGACCGCGCUCUCAGGCGCCAACAGGACUCGUUCCUGUGCCCCAACGGUACCAUCUUCAACCAGCAGUACCUGGUAUGUGACUGGUGGUUCAACGUGGACUGUUCUCAAGCUGAGAGCUUCUACUCCGUCAACGAACUCAUCGGAGUCGUUCCCGACGCCGGAUACGCCUAUGGACCCGCCACCAACGGCAUUUCCCUUAAUGGCAACGGAUUUGGCUCAAACGGCAAUGGCAAGAAUGGAAACGGCAACGGAAGAAACGGCAACGGAGGCAACAACGGCAACCAAUAUGGCGCUCCAACAGCUCCUUCCAACUCUUAUGGUUCCCCUUUCUAAGCUGAUUUUCUGUUUAAUGGAACUUUUCUCUUCUGACCAAUCUGACAUUGUAUAUAGACAAACCUUUCUUAUGUUAUAUUCUAUUUUCUUAAAAUUCAUAUAGGUUAGCGAAUCAAAGACUAAUUUAUGUCGGUAUGUGUUCUGAUUAUUAAAAUGAUA